AUGUUCAGGUUGACAAGUUGCACGGUGGAGACAGUGGCGGCAUGUUCAAUGUUCGACUCCAGGCGCAGCGAAAGUUGCUUUUCAGAGAUGAUCGCCUCCGGGAUCACUGCAAGUGCCAAUGAGUACACCAUCCUUUUGCGUGCAUGUGGCAUUGCCCGAGAUUCCCAGAGAGCGGUGUUUUGGAUGCGACGAAUGCAGGAGGCCUGGGUGGAAGCUGACAUUUUCUGCAUGAAUGCGCUGCUAAGCGCCUAUGCUGCAGACAUGGACUACGAGGCAGCGGAUGAACUGCUGAGGGCAAUGGAAGCGGGCCUGCAGCCGCUUCCAGACGCUGCGAGCUACGCUGCGGUGGUUUCGGCAUUUUCUGCUGCGGCCGCUGCAAGCCGCAGGCGGCAGCUGCUGCAUCGAGCAGAAGAGCUACUGCUUCGCAGCCGAAACGUCAUGUUGGAGGUGCACGGCUCUACAUACUGCUCUCUGCUUCAAAGCAGUGCCCGGCUGGGUGAUGCAGAGUGUGUUGGCCGACUAUGGCGUCAGCUCAUCCACCUCAACUUUCAGCCAAAUCUCUCGACACGGCUGGAGGUGAUGCAGGUCGCCAGCAGCGCUCCUUUCCUGGGCAUGGCGCAGCUUGCAUGCCAGGCGGUCGAAGCUCCCCGUGAGGAGGCGCUGUUUUUGGCUGCGCGGCCGUUGGUGGAGCUUGGCGACUGGCGAGGCGUCGAGAGGCUGCUGAGGCACAAAGAGACAUCCAUCGCAGCAGCGCUGCUGCAGCUUCAGGCUCUGAGUGAAGCAGUUCCCAGGAACCGGCAGAAGGCCAUGCAAGCGGCGAGCGCACUGCUUUCCGCAGGAAAGCGCUGGGAGCUGUUCUCCUUCGUCGUGCACUGGGUGGACGAGAAGUGCAUGAACGUCGACCUGAAGCGAGCGCAGGCGUUACGCUGCAAGGCCCUUUGCAGCAGAGUGGGAGCAGCUCUGGAUGGCAACGACGCAGAAAGGGCAACCGGCUGGAUUCACAGGUGCCUGGCUCAGGUCACGUUCAACGAACAGCGCUUUUGGUGCUAG